AUGGAUCUGUUGGAGGGUAUGGAUCCACAGCGUCUGGUGAUCUGCGGAGACUCAAACCUGGUGAUCCGACAAGUACGAGGUGAAAUUGAUUGUAAGGCGCCAGGUCUGACACUGUUACGUCAGCGAGCCUUGGAUCGACUACGUACGUGGCCAGAUCAUGAACUAUUGCACGUCAAACGGGGCUGGAAUGGGAGUGCUGACCGCCUAGCAAAGAUCCAGGAUCUCAUAACUUUAAAUAGGUUGGAUGAGAUCCUGUUCGAAGAAGAAAUCAUACGGAUCGGGGUGCGUGUGGGAUCUGAUUCCCUGCGAGAGGAAGUCGUGAGAGAACUACGGAUCGAGCGGAUCCGACAAGCGCAGGACGAGGAGUCGUGGAUCAUGGGCUUGAAAAAGUAUCUGAUCGGAGAGAUCCGAGAUCUGACACAAGAAGAGGUUAAGAUGCUCGGAUCCAUCGCCACGAAUUACGAAGUGGACCAGCUGGAUCUACUCUUCUAUUGUCCGACAUCUAAAGAAGCUGCCGCAGAUCGAGAUAAGCUGAUGCGACUAGUGAUACCUGAGGCCCUUCAACAGGACAUUCUGCACCACUGUCAUACGAGUCUACAGGGCGGCCACCAAGGGGUCGACCACACCUAUGAUCGGAUCCGGGAUCACUUCCACUUGAGAGGUCUGUAUAAGAGUGUACAACGAUACGUGGGGGAAUGUGUCGACUGUGAGACAGGCAAGGGCAGACCUCGGAUCCGGGGCGAAUCGCCUGGCAACCUUCAGGCAACGUACCCAUUUCAGAUCAUUGACAUGGAUCAUAUACCCUCACUGCCUAGAUCCUUCAACGGCAACACUGAAUUGCUGAUCUUUGUUGACCUAUUCUCAGGAUAUGUGAUCGCCAAAGCCAAAACAAUCGCCGAGACUUACGAAGAAUGUGUCUUUCGGCGAUUUGGCGCGAGCGAGGUGAUCCGACACGAUCGGGAGCCGGGGUUUAUGUCUGACUUCUUUAAGUCGUUCAACAAGAUCUUGGGACAACGGCAACGAGCUACUAUGGCAUAUAGACCCCAAGCCAAUGGAUCUGCGGAACGUAUGGUCCAGACGACUACAGGGCUCUCAAAAUGUAUGUGGAAGACCUAG